CUGAACCUUUUUCGUUGCUUUCUACCAUGGGUGAUUGAUUUACCCCCCCCCGGCGCCAUAUAAAACGACCCAAUGCUCCUCUCCUCCCACCCCGACCGAGGAUCUUUGACUUCGAAUACAGUCUUCCACAUCCCCCAUUCUUCUCAGUCACCUACAUCUUUCUCAAAACACUUACGAUGCCGGACACCGCUCCCAAAUUCGAAGGGUGGAUGGGCCUGGACCCAAAUGCCGCCCAAGGGCAACUUGUGUGGCGGGAGUUUCAGCCGAAGCCCUGGGAGGAAACGGACGUCGACAUUCGCGUCACUCAUUGCGGCGUCUGCGCGUCCGACCUCUGUGUCUUGCGCAGCGGUUGGCGUCCAACCCCGUAUCCGUGCUGCGUGGGCCACGAGAUCGUGGGGAUUGUCGUCCGCGUCGGAGCGCAAGUGCCGCCGGCUCAGAGGCUGGCGGUCGGCGUGCGCGUGGGCGUGGGCCCCCAGAGCGACUCCUGCCGCGGGCGCGUGGGGGACGGCCACUGCGUCGAGUGCAGCACGGGGAAUGAGAAGUACUGCACCCGGCUGUGGACGGGCACGUACGCGGGCCGCUAUCUGGACGGCAGCGUCUCGUACGGGGGCUACGCAACCUUCCACCGCGUGCCGGCGCACUUCGCGAUCCGGAUCCCCGACGGCAUUCCGUCCGCGGCGGCGGCGCCAAUGCUAUGCGCGGGCGCGACGGUGUAUGCGCCCCUCAAGCAGUACAGCUGCGGGCCCGGGCGCCGGGUCGGCAUCAUCGGCGUCGGCGGGCUGGGCCAUUUCGCCAUCCUCUUUGCGCGGGCGCUCGAGGCCGACUGGGUCGCCGCCUUCUCCCGCCGGGCGUCGAAGCGCGACGAUGCCCGCGCCCUCGGGGCCGAUGUCUACGUGGCCACGGCCGAGGAGCCCGACUGGUCGGGGGGCCACCACGCCGGCACCCUGGAUCUUAUCAUCUCGACCGUCUCUUCCAACACGCUCCCCCUGGCGGAUUACCUCAAGCUUUUGCGACCCAAUGGUGCGUUCGUGCAGGUCGGUAACCCGGAGGACGGUCCGUUCACCAUCGCCGCCGGGGCAUUGAUUGGGAGCGGGCUUCGACUUUGUGGGUCGAAGAUUGGAAGCCCUGGCGAGAUACGGGAGAUGCUUGCUUUGGCAGAGGCUAAAGGUGUGCGGCCGUGGAUCGAGGAACGACCGAUGAAGGAGGCUAACCAGGUGAUUAUGGAUAUGGACCAUGGACGGGCGCGAUAUCGUUAUGUAUUAGUAGGAGAUGAAUGA